AUGUUUCCCCUGGACGUGAAAUGUUUCUUCGUGGUUCUGAUGUGGUCCUGUGCUCCAGCUGCUAAAAUAAAUGGAAAUCCCCCGGCCACGGGAAAGCCACGCACCUUUGUACGCUUUCGUCAAAUAGACCCAGUUGAACAAAUAGACUUUGACUCAAUUCUGGAUUAUGAAGAGCACAAACAAAAUAAUUCUACAGAAACCCAGAAGUCUAACAACACACUCUCAGGAUUAAUGCUGUCUGAAGAGGCCCGGAUGUUUCUGACAGGCUCAGUCUCCACCAUCCUCAUGCCGUCCUUCUACACCUUAGUGUGCUGCAUCAGCGUGCCCAUUAACCUCUGUGCAGUUCUGGCCUUUGCCCGGGGCAUUCGACCCAAGAAGCCCGCAGCCAUCUACAUGCUGAACCUGGCCUUUGCCGACUUGCUCUUUGGCCUAAUGCUCCCCUUCAAAAUCUCCUACCACUUCAAAGGCAAUGACUGGAUCUUCGGCCCCCUCAUGUGCCGUGUGGUCACCGCCAGCUUUCACUGGAACAUGUACUGCUCCGUGCUCCUCAUCGCCUGCAUCAGCGUGGAUCGGAUGCUUGCUGUCGUCUACCCCAUCGACUCCCUAGCUUGGAGAAGGCCACGGAACACCAUCAUAGCCUGCAUGACCAUGUGGAUAGUCUCCUGUGCUUGCUCUGUGCCCCUUGUCCUCUCCAACCAGACCAUCCACCUUAGUGACCUGAACAUCACCACCUGCCAUGAUGUCCAACAUUCAGGGGACAUUUUCUGGCUGAAAAACUACUUCAUCGCCCUCUCCUGCUCCUUGGUUUUCUUGCCCUUGCUUGUCACGGUGGUGUCAUACACCAAGGUUAUCUGCAGCCUGAGCAGAGUGCCACCUGGAGUUCCAGGAAGUUCCCACAGAAGAAGAAGAGCAGUAGUGAUGGCGUUUACAGUCCUGGUGAUAUUCGUGCUGUGCUUCAUGCCCACCAACUGUCUCCUACUGGCUCACUAUCUGAUGUUUAACGAGAGGUUUGAGAAGGACCAGGAGACCCCAGACGGCACCUACGGACUCUAUCUGAUGUUCUUGUGUGUAGGAAGUGUGAACUGCCUUCUGGAUCCCGUGGCCUACUACUUUGGAUCAUCCCAGUGUCAGAGGCAACUGUCCAAUGUGUUUACGUGCCAGAAGACAGCAGACAGAGGAAGCAUCACUCAUUCAUCCUCUGGCUCAUGCAGAUCCAGCACAAGAGCGAUGCUCCAGUCCAGCCAGACCAAAAGUUCCCUAAUAAACUCCUCCAUUGCAGAAAUGGACUCCCUCCAGAUGAUGCUCAACAGCCAGUACAAGAAACUGCUGAUCUGA